AACACCCGCCUCACCCUUUUCCCUCCAUUCCUAAAACCCUAAUAACUCUCGACCUUCGAGCUCCGCGCGCGCGCUCUCUCUCUCUCUCUCUCUCCCUCUCUCUCUAAAACCCUGAUCUCUCUUCUCCUUGGCUCCUCCUCUCUCACACCCCCUCCCCCGCCCCCAAAUUAGAAACCCUAACCUCCAUUCCCCUCCCUCUCAUUCAUGAACACCGCCGCUUCUAGGGAUGCAGAAGCUCUGGUGCGCCGCCGCGGUCCCCGGCCCCGUUCUCUCCACGGCGGGGUGGCUUGAGGUGAGGGCUCUUCGGCUCAAUCCCCUCUCUCGCUUCUCCAUGCGCGCGCUCCACCUUCAGCCGCCGCCCUCCCACGGUGCCGCGGCCGCCGCCGCCGCCGCCGCGAACCGGACCACCACCACGCACUCUAUCUGCUACUGCGGUGGCCUGCGGUCGAAAUGUGCGUGGCCGCCGCUCUUGCGGCGAGAUCAGGCGCCGCCGUUCGGCGCCUGGUCGCACGGCGGCGGCGAGCGGGGUUUUAGGGCGGCCGAGGGGCUGAGGAAUCGGGAGAAGGGUGAGUGUGUUAGUGGGUUUGAUGUGGAGGAGAGAGGAAAAGCGGAGGAGAAGGGAGAGGAGGUUGGGGAAGGGGAGAGGAAAGCCCUAGAAGGGCAUGAGAGAGUGGAGCGGAGGGUGAGGAGUGGGGGUUUCAAUGCUCCGCCUGCGGAGAGUGUUGAGCUCUUGACGAUUCCUGGGGUCGGGCCUCGGAAUCUUCGGAAGCUCAUGGACAAGGGUUAUAGUGGAGUUGCUAAGCUCAAACAGCUUUACAGGGACAAGUUCUUUGGUAAAUCUAGUGAGAAGAUGGUUGAGUUUUUACGUAGCUCAGUUGGAAUCAUCCAUAAGAACCAUGCAGAGAGUAUAACAACUUUUAUCAAAGAGAGUGUGGAUGAAGAGUUAGAAGAGGAGAAUCCCCACUCUGAAAUUAAGUCUACCCAGAAGAAAAGGCUGACUUUCUGUGUUGAGGGAAAUAUUAGUGUAGGGAAAACCACUUUCUUGCAAAGAAUAGCUAACGAGACAUUUGAAUUACGAGAUCUUGUAGAGAUUGUGCCCGAGCCUAUCGCAAAAUGGCAGGAUGUCGGUCCUGAACACUUCAAUAUACUGGAUGCCUUUUAUGCUGAGCCACAAAGGUAUGCGUACACCUUUCAGAACUAUGUGUUCGUGACGAGAGUAAUGCAGGAAAGAGAAUCAGCUGGUGGAAUCAAGCCUCUGAGGCUGAUGGAAAGAAGUGUUUUCAGCGAUCGAAUGGUCUUUGUGCGGGCCGUUCAUGAAGCUAAUUGGAUGAAUGAGAUGGAAAUUAGUAUCUAUGACUCUUGGUUUGAUCCUGUUGUAUCUAGUUUGCCAGGCCUUAUACCUGAUGGAUUCAUAUAUCUUAGGGCUAGCCCUGAUACUUGCCACAAGAGAAUGAUGCUACGCAAGAGAGCUGAAGAAGGUGGUGUGUCCUUAGAUUAUCUAAGGGGCUUGCAUGAAAAACACGAAAGCUGGUUAUUCCCCUUUCAAAGUGGAAACCAUGGUGUGCUUUCAGUCAGUCAGCUACCCAAGCAUAUGGACAGUUCCUUACAUCCUGAUAUAAGAGACCGUGUAUUCUAUUUGGAAGGCAAUCAUUUGCAUUCAAGUAUUCAAAAGGUUCCCGCAUUGGUGCUGGAUUGUGAACCCAACAUAGAUUUCAGCAAGGAUAUUGAAGCUAAGAGGCAGUAUGCUCGCCAAGUUGCAGAAUUCUUUGAGUUUGUAAAGAGAAAGAAUUCAGACUCAUUUGGAGAAACUAGCACCGACAGGAAGAAUACCAACCAACAAGUGGUACUUCCAUAUAACAGUGGUGUUUGGGUUCCCCAAGAUGGGCAUCUACCUGAGGCAGCCCUAAAGUCUCUCCACUUUGUUCGUGUUUGACGAAUCGUGUGUUGUUCACGGAAAGAGAUGAACGGUCCCAACUUAGCAGUUCGGCUAGUUCUAGAUACGCUUCUUUUUGCUUUUGAUGUGAGGUUAAUGUUUUAGCUCAUCCAAAAGCAAGUUUUGUCUUGUUGAAAGUAAAGAUAGCUCCGUAUGCUUGAUAUGCUUCCUGAUGCACUUCUAAAUGCUUGUGUAAAUUAAACUGCAAUUUGCAUUUUCUUUC